UGCGAACGAUGCUGCCGGCCUUGGUUGACAUCGGUGCCAACCUCACGAACCGCUGCUUCCAGCGAGACCUACCAGCCGUCCUCCAGAGGGCGAGAGACGCGGGUGUUCACAAGAUCAUGGUGACAGGAACGUCUCUGCGAGCUAGUCGUGAGGCACUGAAGCUCGCACAAGCGCACCCUGGCGCGUUAUUCAGUACUGCAGGUGUGCAUCCACACGAUGCGAAGACGUGGACCGACGACAGCCUGCAGGAACUGGAGAGGCUGGCCUCCCGUCCAGAGUGUGUGGCUGUGGGGGAGUGUGGGCUGGACUUCAACAGGAACUUCUCUCCACAGGACCAACAGAAGCAAGUCUUGGAAAGACAAGUAGAGCUAGCCUGCCGACUGCGGAAGCCCCUGUUCCUCCACGAGCGGGAGGCCCACCAGGCCCUGGUGGAGAUCCUGAGCCGGCAUCGGGCCCACCUGCCUGCCGUGGUCAUCCACUGCUUCACUGGCACUGCUGAGGAGGCUCGGGCGUACCUGGACAUGGGCUUCUACAUCGGACUCACAGGAUUUUUGUGCAAAGACAAGAGGCCGAACGGUGUACAGUGGAUGUUACAGCAGCAGCUGAUACCCCUGGACAGGCUGAUGGUAGAGUCCGACGCCCCGUACAUGUACCCUAACAUCAGAAAACUACCCAAGGAGACUCAGGAAACCAUCACAAGCUUUAAGACUUUCAACCAGGAGAAUUUCCAACACUGUAGUUAUAAGAGGAAUGAGCCAUGCUCGGUGGCUGUGACUGCAGCUGUUGUUGCAUGUAUGGGUGUAGCAUCUGAAGUGGUAGCACAAGCAACAACAGAGAAUGCAACCAAGGUCUUCAGCUUAGGUUAGCUUGUGAAAUGUAUUAUAUGUCACAGGGGAGAUUGGAAUCCAGGGGCAUCUGGAAUCCUCCUAGGGG